AGCCGCUGGUGGCGUCGCAGUUGCAAACGUGAGUUCGAGGCGUGUGAACGUGAUUUCAGGCUUUUCGGCGGCUCUCCUCGAUUUCCUCGAUUUCGGCGCAGUGGGAAAAGUGCCUCCCGGUCCAAAGAAAACAAUAAAAAAAGCAAAACAAAAACGAAAAAAAAAAAAACAGAAGCGGGACCCCUGAGGUCGCGGAAACUGCAGACGAUUUGCGAUUGUAUGGAAAUAUGGACUUUGCCACUAAUUUUCAUUGCCCUGCGAGUGUGUGUAAGCGUGCGAGUGUGAAAUCUGCGUGAAACAUUGCCAAAUCCUUCGACAGAUUUCUAUUUGCACCUAUUUUGCAUUCGGCAGUCGGCAUCUGCCAUUUGCCAUUUGCCAUUUGCCAUCGACGCGAGUGUCAAUCGAGUGAAAGUAAACAAUGGUGCGCACCCAAAUGGAUAGGCGAUCGCCGAUCACUAGACUAAUAACGACUAAGGUUAUCGUGAGUUUGCUGAUCCUAUUGGCGAUUGCUCUACCACUAGCUUCCGCCGGAUUUGGCUUCGACUCGGCCAACUCGUGCAGUCCCAAUGGGAAGAUAUCGCGACGUGGUCGGGCCCAGAUGCUGGCCGCGAUUCCCUGCGACCUGGGUCAGCAGGCCUUCUGCCAUCUGCCAGGAUCCGCUUAUCCAUGGCACGCUGUACGACGAUUCGUGCACGAGAACCAGGGUCUGAUGAAGCGCAUGUACGGCGAUGUGAGGCACAUUUCCAUUCUGCGGGACGAGAUCCAGAACAACGAGGUGGACGCGGACGACAUUGAGGAGACGGCGGAGCGAUACAGCAAGGAUGGCGGACGGCGGAGUGCCAAGUAUCUCAUGAAUAGUAGAGAUCGCGAUCGUGAGCGGGAAGAUUUCGGAAGCUUCAAGAGCAACGAUGUGCUAAUGGAGCCGCACUUUCGACCAGUCUCCACGAUUGCCACAAGCACGACUAAGGCUACGACGACUACAACCACUGCUCCCGAAAUAGUUAGUAGCACUACGGACCGAACACCAAAUGAGGUUACCGACACAACGCCUGGAAAUACCAAUAGUACGAUAAGUACCACUCAAGGAACUGUGCCACCUUUACACGAAAAACCCGAAUUAGAAACAGACAUUGUGGAGAUCCAGCCCAGUCCAGAGUCGAACAGCGUCUACGAGGUGGUGUCCCCUUCAGUUCUAUCAACCACGUCCACCGCCAAACCCUCGUCCGCAGCUGGUGAAAAUAUACAGAUCAUUGACUCACCACAGUUGGGGCUUCGUAAUCUAAGUGCAGAGGCUAGUCCAUCACAAGAACCACCCACAGCCACAACUGGGAAGUCCACAUCUGUGCCCAAGAGCUCAACAACUCUGCCCAUUAGGAAAAGGAAACCGGCAGAGACGACCACCACUGCAGCCAGUCCGAAAGUCUCGAGCACCAUGUCGACACCAACCACAACAACAGCAACCUUGCUGAUACGUCGCAAUGUAACCAAGUACUCACCCGCAUCCGUGACCACGCCCGUCAGCUUCGCCUCGCUCUUCUCCGGCACCUCCAGCGGGCUUUUUAGUCCGGAGAAGCUGCGCAGACCCUUGACCACGACGAGCAGUACAAGUGCUCCAGCUCCAUCCCCUCCGGCGGGAGGAACUCCAGCGAGCAGCUCGACCGGAAGCGCCAGCAAGUCUGGACUGCUAAGGGAGGGUCAGCUGUUCCAGGAUGCCAUGAAGCAAGAGCCCGUGGCUGUGGCCAGCAACUUGCGUGGAGUGAAUGCCUGUCCCGUGAAGGAUGAAGUGGUGGCUCCCUUUUGGGCAAACAAUACCCGCGGCGAGGUCUUAGCCCUCCUUAACCUCUAUCCCUUCGAGCAGUACGUCCACUGGGAGAAGUGCACCCACGAGUUCAAGCAGAUGUUCUGCCGCGAUGGAUGCAGAUGUGAACAGCAGUACCGCCUCCACAGAUUGUUGGCCUACGAUCCGCAUAACGAGUGCCGCGGUAUAUUCUCCGACUGGUUCCGAUUCCCGUCCAGCUGCAUAUGCAAGUGCUACAAUAUACCGAUGGAGUUCCGCGCAACAUCACGUAGUCCACGGUCCGAUAGUCGCUUCGAUGCUCCGAAAUCCAAUCCCAUCGAGGCUGCGGAGGCGGAGGUCCAACGGGCCAUUUACGAACAUGCCACGGAAGAGUGGUAUCGCCCACGCGAUGAGUUCGACUUCUUGGAGGACUAACGCCAUUGGAUUUCAUCCUGCGAACAAUUGUACAGUAGUUUUAGGUUUUAUAGAAUUAAGCUAUAAUUUUCUUUAAGAUUUCCAAUUAGUCCUACCCCAUACUCAUUUAAGAAACUUAAACCGAUCUUACUGUUCCCCAACGUUCUUCUUCGAUCAUAUUUCAAACAGACCUUCAAUCUCACUUAAACCUAUAAGUAAUCAAUAAUUAAAAAUUAAGUCAUAAGAGCGGCGUUAUGUUAAUGUAAAUAUAGUUCAACAUAAUGCCCGAUUUACGGAAAAACUGCAGAGCGAAUGUACCUUGAAAUACUUACGAACGCAUUGCGGCCAUUGAGCUGCGUACGAUGGUAUUUACUAGAGUUAUGUAUUUAUUUAUUCAAAUGAUAGCUAUAAGGAUAACCAUAAACGUGGCCAUAACAUAAACCCCAAAUCUUUUGAUUUUCUGGAAAAAUAUUUAUUGCAAAAAUGUAGUCUGUAUAUUUAGAAUGCUUAUGUAUAAAAUAGAUUUUAUUGUAUU